UAUGUAAAUCUCGUGUUUGAUGACAAACAAGGAUUGUUUAGUUCUCCCGCAAUUAGCCUCUACCAAACCUUGAAAGCGAUCACCUGCACAGCAUCUUGCGGAUCACACGUGACGUCGCGAAUCGAACUCGCACGUCCAACGUCUCUCGCCCACUCACUCAGCUGAAGCUGGACUCUUUCCCCGCUACACCACCACAGCAACUCAACACAGGCAAUAGAGGAUACGGGACCGUAUGAAGUGCACUCUGUCACUGAUGAGGGCAGUAUCCAAACACUUCGAAGACGAAGGGUUACAGCCCAACGAGCACCCGUGGCACCCAUGAGUCCGACUACCAGAUCGUCGGCAGCUAAAGCUGAAUUGCUCGCCGCGACCAAUGACUAUCCUUCCGGGCCAUCGCUCUGCAACCUUCCAACUGAGAUACGCCUGGAGAUAUUUAAUCACCUUCUGAAUGUCAGCCAUGUCCCAUCGUCGUAUGGAUACACGGGCCCCGCACGAGUUUCAACCCGCACCCUUGCGAGACCAAAACCAACAACCGUCAGACAUGGAAUGGUCUUCGUGUCCAAAACCCUAGGCGCAGAGUACCGCCAGGCGUACUACGAGCGAACGCGCUUCUUCCUCCGGAUCGACAGCCAAAACUGCUUCACAGCCGUGCCCGCGCUCAUCAACAGUAGCAGCAGCAGCGGCGGCACGACGUCCCCCACCGCGGUCGCACAACCAUCCGGGCCGGGCGCUCACGAGCCACAGCAGCAGCCGCAGCAGCAGCAGCAGUACCAAGACGGGGUACCGAACUUCUGGAACGCGCCGCUCGCCCUGCUGUCAAGUCUCAGACACUGCACGCUGUACAUCGAGCUGGGCGACAUCGCAUCGUCGCCGCGGUCGAGCCACUCGCUCUCGCAGGUCGUGCGCUCCCACCGCGACAUCUUCGAGGCGCGCCGCGUGCGCGAGGAAAUGAAGACGUUCUCGUCGUUCGACGACCUGAAGGCCGGGGACGCCGAGUUCGACUCCACGCUCAUGGCCGCCGUGCAGAGGCUCCUGGACCAGAUGGCGCAGCUUAGGAGCAUCCAGCUCGUCUGGGAGACGUCGGUGCCCGUGCGGGCGAGGUUCACGACGGCGUGUGCGACGAAUUGGAUGUGGGUGAGCCUUGGGCAGCCGUUCGUCGAGGGGCUGCGGAGGAGAGCCAAUCUCAGGGGAUUGCAGGUCAAGUUGGGGGACUCGUUUGGCGACACGGUGUAUGUUGCGCAAAGAGGGAAGGAGGGGAAGUGGGAGGGAGGGUUGAAGGAUGAUCAUAGGAGGUAGACAGGUUGGUAGUACGGUGGUGGAUCCGGAGGUAGAAUUUCCUUGCUUGGGUUUCAUGUUUGAGGGAGAGAUAUUGGUGGGAGAUCUGUUACAAGUGGAAAAAAGGAGUUUUGUUUCUUGGGAAUGGUUUGAUAUGAUACCGCAAGCAUGGUACAGCAGAAUGCAGUGACGAAUUUCUUCAUGUUUCAUGAUUUGUUCAGUUUGCCAACAGGGAGGGCAUAUACUUUUCUUCUUCUUGGAAUUGAGAUCUAAAGUGGAUACAUGGUCGAACAUACAACAAAAUGGGCCAGAACAGCAGUACCUCUAGCUUACUACUGUGCCUUUAGCACCUCAACACUUCCGUCCUGCAUACCG